AUGGAUUUUGUAGUUGGAUUGCCAAAGACUUCUAAACAACAUGAUGCUAUCUGGGUUAUAGUAGACCGAUAUACCAAAUCAGCACACUUUCUUCCGGUACGCAUGACUUAUACUAUGGAUCAGUGGGCUGAAUUAUAUGUUCAAGAGGUUGUUAGACUUCAUGGAGUGCCAGUAUCUAUAAUUUCAGACCGGGAUGCUCGAUUUACUUCAUUGUUUUGGGAAAAUCUGGUCAGAAGGACAACUGAAGCAGUAGAGAAGAUAAGAAAAAGAAUGUUAACUGCUCAGAGUAGGCAAAAGAGUUACGCUGAUCGAAAGCGAAGAGAUGUGGAGUUCAACAUUGAGGACAAGGUGGGAAAGGUAGCCUAUAGACUGGCAUUACCGCCAUCACUGUCAAAUGUCCACGAUGUUUUUCAUGUCUCAUUAUUGAGAAAAUACGUGCCAGAUCCUUCACAUGUGCUAAACUACGAGCCAAUAGAAGUUGAACAAGACCUAACAUAUGAAGAAAAACCAGUGAAAAUUCUUGACAGAAAAGAGAAAGAGUUGAGAAAUAAGAAGAUUUCACUGGUUAAGGUCUUGUGGAGAAGUUCAAACAUUGAGGAAAUGACAUGGGAACGGGAAGAUGAAAUGAGAUCUAAAUACCCAGAGCUAUUUGGGUAA